CAUCUAAUUAUAUUUUUUUCAUCAUCAGGAGCACGGGCAUCGCCUUCUCUUACCUCUUGUUAUGAAGAUCCAAACUUAAAUGGUUACUACGUCACUUUCGACAACUAUGCCCCAGAUCUAUACAGCUACAACUUUGAUGACACCAUCGCUAGCGUACAUCAGACUGGCAUGUGGAUUUACUACGAAAACUACCAAUACAACCUCUCGCCGGGGAAGGCCUAUUUCGUCCAUGGGAUUGGCGUUACCGUGAAUUUUCCUAGUGAAUAUCGUGACAUCAUGUCAUCGCUUGGCAUUCCUGACAAUAGCAUCAAAUCCGUGAGGAAAGGGUGUUGGUCUGAGCGCAUCAUUCAGGUUCCAGAGCUAAAAGUGGAUGGUCGCCGAGAAAAUGGAGCUUGGGGUCGUCUCUUCUAGCAGUGUAGCUGAGGACAAAAGAGAAAAAUGAAUGUACGCUGUUAAGAACUGUAAAUGAAAAAAAAUAAAUAAAUAAAGUAAAAAUAAUAAUAAUAAUAAUUAUUAUUAUUAUUAUUAUUGUUAUUAUUA